AAACAUUCUCCCCAGAUGACCCAAAGACGACUGGCCAUCGGAAGAGGGACGCUGCCAAUUCAGCAUCAUCUCUGAUUAUACAGGAAGAAGAAAACAGCUGUUAGAGGUUGACUUGGUCCUCCCAUCUGGGCUCUCCCUGAAGAGUCCAUUUGCCACUGAAGGAAGAAUUUCUCAUCACCAGGAGCUGUACGGGGAAAUCUGGGAGAAGCUAUGGAAAGGUCUCAAUUGAGAAAGGAUGAUGGACAUGUCCGGCUUUCCCAUGAGCUCUCGGAGGGCGAGAAAGAAACCACUGGGAACAGAAAGUCAAAAGUCCUGGAGUGCCUCAAGAGCCUUAACAUUGCCUGUGCUGAGGAUAACAUGCCCAAUAUUGCUGUCCUAGGAUCAGGUGGAGGUCUGCGGGCCAUGAUAGCCCAUCAGGGAACCUUGGUGAAGCUGAAGAAGCAGGGCCUGUUGGACGCUGUCGUGUACCUGUGUGGGGUAUCGGGUUCCACCUGGUGCAAGUCCACCCUCUACCAAGAGAAGGACUGGACAGAGAAAGUGCAGGACUUGGAAGAAGGCCUGUGCGAUACACUUUCCAAACCUCCACAUGAUAUUCAAGAAGAGUUUACUAUUGCGACACAGGCAGCUGAAGAUGAACUCUUCUCUCUGACCGAUGUCUGGACCUCUUUCUUUGUUUAUAAAACGUUGAAGCAGUAUGAUGAGACCAAGUUAUCUGAACAUGAGGACACCUCCACAAGUGGGACAAAUCCUUACCCCAUCUAUGCUGCAAUAGAAGUGAACAAAUUGGGCGAAGGUGAAAAUAGCACAGGGACCAGGUUUGAAUUCACCCCCCACGAAUCUGGCUUUCCCAGCUUGGGGGCAUUUGUGUGCACCAAAGACUUGGGAAGCAAAUUCAAGGAUGGGAAUCUGAACGAAAAGAGGGAAGAGAAAAGUAUCUGCUACCUGCAAGGUUUAUGGGGAAGUGCCCUUGGAAGCAUGGCUGCAAACAAGAAAUAUUUAAUAGAGCUAGUUCUGAUCAUUGGCCAGGGUGGUGUUAUGGGCGAGGAAGAGAAAUUUAAGCUUGGUGGGACCAAAGAGGGGUCAGAAAUGACCAUGCCUCCACUUGGAAGAAGUACUGCUUGCACUUGUGUACAUUGUCGGGGUGUCCACCACCUCCUGGAGCUUCACGUUCAUGAUGCUGGGGAAGACUGCGAGGGAGUCUUUGGGCAGCUGAAGGAAGUGCUGGAAGGUGAGAAGAGUAAGAAUUCCUACAAGAAGUGCUGUGAAGUGCAUGAAACCUGGGGUUCGAUAACCUGGGAAGAAAGAAGCUCUAAACUUGUCAGGAUUUUUGAAAUGGAACUUGGAGGAAUUGUAUUGAGCGCAUGUAAAUUGUUAUGGAAAACCGUGAUCUGUUUCUGCCACUGAAUGUGGGGGAGCACCAACAACUUUCUGUACAAAUGUGAAGCCCAAUCCACUGGCUUGACCAACCACAAAUUCAUCCACUUGAUCGAUGCCGGCAUUGCCAUAAAUUCCGCUUACCCCCUCGUUCUGCACCCAAAGAGGAAAGUGAAACUGAUCCUCUCCUUCGACUUCAGCGACGGGGAUCCUUUCGAGACCAUCAAGAAAACUGCCGAGUACUGUGAGGCAAAUUACAUCCCAUUUCCCAAGAUAGACCCAGAAAAGCUGAAGGACACAGAUACCCCCUCCAGUUGCUACAUCUUCAAAGGAAAAGACAUUCCCACCGUCAUGCACUUCCCGCUCUUCAACAAGGAAAAUUGUCCAGGUGAAAUAGAGGACUUCAGAGACAGGUUUACCACCUUUACUUCAUCCUACCCAGAGGACGAUGUCAAACAACUCCUCAAAAGAGCAAAGAUGAAUGUAUCCAACAACAAGGAGAGGAUUCGGAAGGAGAUCCAGCAGAUUGUAUCCUCCUCUCAUGAAGGGCAGAAAAUCUGUCACAGAUGUAUUUUUUUCCUUCUCCUGGGCUCUGCUGAGUGCUAUCUCCUGGCUGCCAUGGCCUAUGACCGCUAUGUGGCCAUAUGCCACCCUCUGCACUAUGUGGCCAUCACGGAGAGGAGGUCUUGCACCUGGCUCGUGGCCGGCUCCUGGCUGAGUGGGAUUCCCAUCUCCUUCAUCCAAACCACCUUGGUCUUCACCUCCCCGUUUUGUGGCCCCAACAAAAUCGACCAUUUCUUCUGCACUGUGGCGCCGGUGCUGCAGCUGGUCUGCACCACCACAUCCCGCAACAAGAUGUCCAACAUCACGGUCACCGUGGUCUUCAUCGCCACCCCCUUCACCCUCAUCCUCACCUCCUAUGCCCGCAUCAUCACCACUGUCCUGAAAAUGUUCUCCCUGGGGAGCAGGCACAGAGCCUUCUCCACCUGCUCCUUGCACCUGGUGGUUAUCCAGCCACACACAGAGAAUGACAAGCUGCUGUCCCUCUUCUACACCAUGGUCACCCCCAUGCUGAACCCCAUCAUCUACAGCCUGAGGAACGAGGAGGUGAAGGGGGCACUGUGGAGCUCAUUACAGAGUGGGCCAGGAGGACCUUCACCACGCACGUUUUCACCGGGUUCAAUGAAUUCAAGCAUCAGUGGAGAAUCUACCUCUUCCCUAGGCUCGGCAGUGGAUUUAGCUAGGAUGUUGUCUAAAACCACUUACGAUCUCUUGCACUGGAAAUGGGGAACCAUUAGUAACUUUCUUUACAAAUGCUCUGGUAUUGACACCCCUGAGCUGGUGAACGAGAAAGUCAUCUCCUUGGUUGAUGCUGGCAUAGCCAUAAACUGUGCUUACCCCCUGGUUCUCCGCCCGGACAGGAAAGUGAAACUGAUUCUCUCCUUUGACUAUGGGCCUUUUGAUCCAUUUCAGACACUCAAGCAAGCUGCCAAAUACUGUGAAGAAAACUGCAUCCCGUUUCCUAAGGUGGAUGAGAAAUUGCUCCAAGACCCAGAUAACCCAUCCGACUGCUACAUCUUCAGAGGAGAGGGUGCUCCUACCGUCAUGCAUCUCCCACUUUUCAACAAAGUGAAUUGCCCAGGCUAUGUGAAGGCAUGGGGAAUUAAAUUCACCCCCGUUCGCUUUCUCUACAAUGAGGGACACGUCCACAAACUCCUCCAGUCAGCCAGGCUGAAUGUGUUGAACAACAAAGACAAGAUUCUGCAGGAGAUCAAACACAUUGUGGCUCGCUGCAGCAAGAAGGGUACCAAUAUGAACAUGCAGACUCAAAUAUUCAUGGUGUGA